AGCUGUCACGACCGGCGCUGGGGGGGGGGGUUGGUGUUGGGGAGAAUGGCCGCCGUCGCCGCCAGCGGGACCCCGGGAGGACAUAUAUCCCCUCCCCCCGGGCCAUCAGGCAGAGGGUGACCUUGACAAUUAGAGCUACCUUCACCAUGAAUAACAAGGACACCACUGAGGUUGCUGAGAACAGCCAUCACCUGAAGAUCUUUCUCCCUAAGAAGUUACUGGAGUGUCUUCCCCGAUGCCCACUGUUGCCUCCUGAACGCCUAAGAUGGAACACAAAUGAGGAGAUUGCCUCAUACUUGAUCACCUUUGAGAAGCAUGAUGAAUGGCUGUCCUGCUCCCCCAAGACCAGGCCUCAGAAUGGCUCUAUUAUCCUCUAUAAUCGCAAGAAGGUAAAGUACCGGAAGGAUGGCUACUGCUGGAAGAAGCGGAAGGAUGGAAAGACCACUCGAGAGGACCACAUGAAACUGAAGGUGCAGGGCAUGGAGUGUCUCUAUGGCUGCUAUGUUCACUCCUCCAUUGUUCCCACAUUCCAUCGUCGAUGUUACUGGCUGCUACAGAACCCCGACAUCGUCCUUGUACACUACCUGAACGUCCCUGCCCUGGAAGAUUGUGGGAAGGGCUGUGGUCCCAUCCUUUGUUCCAUCAGCAGCGAUCGAAGGGAAUGGCUCAAGUGGUCCAGGGAGGAGCUGGUGGGGCAACUGAAGCCCAUGUUUCAUGGCAUCAAGUGGAGCUGUGGGAAUGGGGCAGGUGAGUUCUCAGUGGAACAGCUGGUGCAGCAGAUUCUGGAUACCCACCAGGCAAAGCCCCUGCCCCGUACCCAUGCCUGCCUCUGCAGCGGAGGGCUCGUGCCUGUCCAGCCAGACUUCGUGGCAUCUCUGCUGCCCCCAAUGGCUACAGUCAUUAUUAUACAUCUAUCCAUAAUGAGGUGCCAAUCAAUAGAAAAUCUCCACUGGAGAGAAAUUGGAAAGUUUUCUUACUUCUCCUUUUCUUUCUUCCCUACCUCAUUCUUCACCACAGGUUCCACAGGGAGCCUGCCCCACAAAUGCAGCAAUACCAAGCACCGAAUCAUCUCCCCCAAAAUUGAGCCUCGGACCUUGGCUAUACCCCCAGCCCCACCUCCAAGACCCCCUGAACCCCUUCCACGGGUUGCCCCACUCCGUACUGAACCCCCUGAGCCUCCCAAGGUGGAUACCUCACCCUCUUCCUCUUCCUCCUCCUCUUCUGGCUUUGCUGAACCCCCUGAGAUCAGCUCUAGACAUCCAGUAGCUCCAGGAGGGCUGCCCCGGGCAGCUCCUGCUCUUCUCCUCCUGACAGGUUUGGAGCAGCUCACUGGAGGUUUAACCCCCAGUAGGCACUUGGCUCCUCAGCCUGAGUUUGGGCCUUCCCUGGGCCUGGCCCUGGUCCUAGGGCCUCAGCCUCCUGCCCCACCCUGUCCUCCUAGUCCUGCUUUUGAUCCUGAUCGAUUUUUCAACAAUCCCAGUCAAGGCCAGACUUAUGGGGGUGGGCUCGGGGUAAGUCCCAAUUUCCCUGAGGCAGAGGCAGCCAGAACACCUUGCCCAGCCCUGGAGCCUGCUGCUGCUUUGGAGCCUGUGGCAUCAGAUCAAGGGACUACUUCUAAGCCUGGAGAAAGAAGAGAAGGGAACCGUUUCUUUAUCCAAGAUGAUGCCAGUGGAGAGGGAACAGGGCCUGCCACAGUCUCCUCGUCACCAUCCAUGGAGCCAGCAGCUCGGCCUGGACGAGGUGAAGGGCUAUUUGGAGCACCAGGGGGGACCAGUGAACUAGAGACUUUCAGCUUGUCUUCCUUCCCAGACCUCAUGGGAGACCUGAUCAGUGAGGAGGCUCCAGGGGCUCCAGGCCCUCCAGCCCUUAGUGUCAUCACUGACUUCUCUCCUGAGUGGUCUUAUCCAGAGGGUGGAGUCAAAGUGCUGAUCACAGGUCCUUGGACAGAGGUCUCAGAGCGUUAUUCCUGUGUCUUCGACCACAUCCUUGUGCCAGCCUCACUUGUCCAGUCUGGUGUCCUUCGAUGCUACUGUCCUGCUCAUGAGGCAGGAUUGGUGUCUCUUCAGGUGGCAGGAGAAGAGGGCCCACUCUCUGCCUCUGUGCUCUUUGAGUACCGUGCCCGACGAUUUCUAGCUCUUCCCAGCACCCAACUUGACUGGCUAUCCUUAGAUGACAACCAGUUCCGAAUGUCCAUAUUGGAACGACUAGAGCAGAUGGAGAAUCGGAUGGCAGAAAUUGCAGCAGCUGGACAGGUUCCUCCCCCAGGCUCUGACCAAUCCCCAGUGCAGGGAGGUGUCCCAGGGCCUGGGUUUGAGGCCCGUGUGGUGGUCCUAGUAGAACGUAUGAUCCCUCGUUAUGGCUGGCGGGGCCCUGAUCACCUGGUUCACGGGGGACCCUUCCGGGGUAUGAGUCUCCUUCACCUGGCAGCAGCCCAGGGCUAUGCCCGUCUCAUUGAGACCCUGAGCCAGUGGAGGACUAUGGAGGCAGAAAGCCUGGACCUGGAGCAAGAGGUAGAUCCACUCAAUGUGGAUCAUUUCUCCUGUACUCCAUUGAUGUGGGCCUGUGCUCUAGGACACUUAGAAGCUGCUGUACUCCUUUUUCGAUGGAACCACCAGGCACUGCACAUCCCUGAUUCUCUUGGUCGACUACCCCUGACUGUGGCACAUUCCAGGGGGCAUGUGCAACUUGCCCGAUGCCUAGAAGAGCUGCAGAGACAGGAGGCUUCAGUUAAGCCCUUGCCUACUCCUUCACCAUCCUCCGCCAGCCCUGACACUGGUCUGAGCAGUGUCUCCUCACCUUCAGAGCUGUCAGAUGGCACGUUUUCUGUCACUUCGGCCUACUCUAAUGCCCCAGACAGUAGUCCCCCCUCUGCUCCUCUGCCUAUUUCUGAGGGAGCUGUUGAAGUGACCCAGUCUAGCCAAUCUUCUCACGGUCUCCCUGAGCUUCCCAGUGUAUUCAUGGACUAUAAGGACAGUAGCCCCAAGGGGCUUCCCUUACCCCCUUCUCCUCACUCCACAGUAGAGACUCCAAUCCAAGGUUAUGGGGCCAGUUCAAAGGGAAUCGAUUGCCAUCAAGCUGUGGAUGUAUUACAGGUGGACAUGAUCUCUCUGGCCAAACAGAUUGUUGAAGCAACACCAGAACGGAUUAAACAGGAAGACUUUGGAAGUGUUCCUAUGGCUGGAGGAUCUCUUCAAGAGCAAGUUGGAGCCAUGGGGCUCAAUGAGACUAUGUCCUGGCUGGCUAGUUACCUGGAGAAUGUGGAUCACCUCCCUAACCUCCCUCAGCACAGCAGAAAGCUGCCCCUUGAGCAGGGUCACCUGGCUGUUCCCCCUGCCCCAUCUUGGGCAGAGUUUCUUGGAGCCUCAGCCAAUGGGAAGAUGGAAAGUGACUUUGCACUACUGACACUAUCUGAUCAUGAGCAACGGGAGCUAUAUGAAGCAGGCCGUGUCAUCCAGACUCCCUUCCGCAAGUACAAGGGUCGCCGACUGAAGGAGCAGCAGGAGAUGGCAGCAGCUGUGAUCCAGCGCUGUUACCGAAAGUACAAGCAGCUAACAUGGAUUGCACUUAAGUUUGCACUCUAUAAGAAGAUGACCCAAGCAGCCAUCCUGAUCCAGAGCAAGUUCCGAAGCUAUUAUGAACAGAAGCGAUUUCAGCAGAGUCGCCGGGCAGCUGUAUUGAUCCAACAGCACUACCGUUCUUACAGAUGCCGGCCUGGGCCCUGCCACCGGCCUUCUGGGCCUUCAGGACCUCUGCCUCCCCGAAGCAAAGGCUCCUUCCUAACCAAGAAGCAGGACCAGGCAGCUCGGAAAAUCAUGCGUUUCCUGAGGCGUUGUCAGCACAGGAUGAAGGAACUGAAGCAGAACCAGGAGCUAGAGAGCCUUCCCCAACCUGAAUUGGCUACUUGACUCCUCUCCCCAACACCACCUAGUGGAGAGGGGGUGGUCAUGACAGAGAUAGGAUCCCUAGUUGGAACUGGAGAUAGCUGCCCUCCAAGACUCCCUGGAGCCUCUUCUCUCUCUGUAGGACCCUCCUCCUACCCAACUCCUCCUUCAAAGAUUUCUGGCUCUCUUGCCUUCUCUUUCCCCUAUUUUUACUGGCUUUGGCCUCUCUAGUCUGACCUACAGCUUUAUCUUCAGCUGUGAUCUGUCCAGCCCCCCCCCCCCAAGGGUUCCCUUCUUCCUUUGCCUGCCUGCCUUACAUGUUUCUUUGAACAGUUAGCUUCUGAAAGUCUCUUCCACUUUACCUUUUCCAUAUCGGCUUCUUCCUCUAUCUGUCUGUGUCCCGAAUCUCAGCCCAGCCACCCACAUCCCUGAUCCCUGGAGAUGUCUUGGCAUGACUGUCUCGGCGCCUGCCCUGUCAUUUCUAUAGCCUGACUCGUCCUCUUUCCCCCUCCCCUACUAGAGGGGUAGAAAGGGAGAAUGGGUGGAGUGGGGUAUAAAAAACAACCGUGUCCCUGGGGGAUGGCGUGCUAUUGUAUGGAACUGUGAGGGAUAUCGGAGUGCGUGGGCCAAUUGUUCCCCCACCUCAGAGUCAAAAUGGGUGAGGGGGAUGUCUCCUUACCUUCACCCCAUUGCCCAGAUGGUCACUGUUUCUAAGUGUGCAUGGGCUUGGUUUGUACAAGUUGCCAUUAAAACAUCGCUGCAAUCGU